GCAUGCGCGCCUCUCCUCCCUUUCGGAUUACGGACCCGGUCACUGCGGUGGGGAUCCACACUGCGUCGCCCGGCCGUCGCCAUGGUGAAGCUGAGUAAAGAGGCUAAACAGAGGCUGCAGCAGCUCUUCAAGGGCGGCCAGUUUGCCAUCCGUUGGGGCUUUAUUCCUCUCGUGAUUUACUUGGGAUUUAAAAGGGGUGCAGAUCCUGGAAUGCCUGAACCAACAGUUUUGAG